AUGACUGAUAUCCCGACCUUUCGCAAUCUCUCACUCGAGAGACAUGGCAAUGUCUUUGUCUUAACUAUGCAAAAGCCUCCAGAGAACCGGUUGAACUCUUGGUAUUGCCAGGAAAUGAUACGUGCUUAUCGUACAGUAGAGAGACUAUUAGGUCCCGACUCGGAAGGUGCUGUUAUCACCAGAGGCAGCGAUGCGAAGUUCUGGUGCACUGGCCUCGAGCUGGACGAAGCCGAUACGAAUCCAUUUGCGAACACGGAUGGCUUUUACCCGCUCAUUCAUACCAUCCUCGAUUUCCCAUUCCCGACCAUCGCAUUACUCACCGGCCAUACGUUCGGUGGCGCCUGUCCUCUGGCUCUGGCACACGACUAUCGCAUCAUGAACUCACGCCGAGGUUUCAUUUCCAUGCCCCCCGUGAACCUGGGUUUGCACUUUGAUGGAAUUGGCUCCUUACCGAGGCUUAAGUUGCGUCCCCAAAUUGCACGCAAGAUGCUUCUCGAGGCACACAAAUGGACUGGGAAGGAAGCUUUAGAAGAUGGAAUUGUUGACGCUGUUGCUGAACCGGAGAAAAUGCUUGAUGCUGCACUUGAGCUUGGAAAUAAGGUAGCACCAAAGGCUAAAAUGGGGGUUUAUGCGCUACUACGUCAGGAGCUUUGGGGUGAUGCGAUCAAGAAAUUCCAGCGAAUUAGCUAUGUUCAUAGUCGUAUGACUACUGCCCCUGCGAAAGCCAAGAUAUAA